AUGUCUGCCCGAACGGCCAUCGUCGGUAGUCAGCUGGGAUCCGCCCUCGCCAGCCCCCUCCGCUCGUUCCACCCAGGCCCGCAAAUGGCCUCCAAACAGCUCUCCACGACAGCCCGUCCCUCGGCUGGUGCAGCCCUGAAGCAGGCUUCUCGGCCGCACGCCCGCACCCUCCCAUCAUCACCCUCCAGCUUUCAACAGAUCGGUCUGCGGACAAACUCGACCGCGGCCUCGAAGAAGACCAACGAUGUGAAGCUGGACUGGAAUUCUUUCUUCAAGCUGCGUGCCUCCCGCCGUCGCUACUCUCUCGCCUCGUCCAUUGCCAGCUCGCUCGUCACUACCACGGUCGGCGUGCAGGUCCUGUCUUCUCAGGACUUGGAGUCUCUCGGCGCACAGGUGAUGGGCCUCGACCCCUUCGUGGUGCUUGGUCUGGCUACGGCGGCAUGCGGUGCAAUAGGAUGGUUGGCUGGACCGUUUGUCGGGAACGGGGUCUGGGGCUUGGUAUAUCGACGGUUUAAGCCUUCUGUUGUUGUGAAAGAAAAAGAGUUCUUUGAUCGCAUUCGCCGCUUCCGCGUCGAUCCCUCCACCAACUCAAUCGCCAACCCCGUCCCUGACUACUACGGCGAGAAGAUCGGCAGUGUGCAGGGCUAUCGGCAGUGGCUCAAGGACCAGCGGGCAUACAACCGGAAGCGUCGCAACUUCAUUGCCUAA